AUGGGCGUGGCUCACCUAGAGGCCAAGACCGGUAUUGCACCCCAGCUCUACUGGACAUCGAGAAAUCUGGCUCAACCAGCAGAUCUCCUGAAGGUUCUAGAUUUUCACAACUUGCCUGAUGGAAUAGCCAAGACAGCAGGUUUUUGCACAACGCGGCGAUCUUCCAAAGGCCCAGAUGUCGCUUACAGGGUCACGAAAGAUGCUCAGCUCAGUGCACCCACCAAGCAGCUGUACCCCGCAUCUGCGUUUCCCGAGGACUUCUCCAUUCUAACCACUGUGAAAGCCAAGAAGGGCAGCCAGGCCUUCCUGGUGUCCAUCUACAACGAGCAGGGUAUCCAGCAGAUCGGCCUGGAGAUGGGCCGCUCGCCUGUCUUCCUCUAUGAGGACCACACGGGAAAACCGGGCCCAGAAGACUACCCCCUCUUCAGGGGCAUCAACCUGUCAGAUGGCAAGUGGCACAGAAUUGCACUCAGCGUCCACAAGAAAAAUGUCACCUUGAUCCUGGACUGUAAAAAGAAGGCCACUAAAUUCCUCAACCGCAGCGACCACCCCAUUAUAGAUGUCAAUGGCAUCAUUGUGUUUGGCACCCGGAUUCUGGACGAGGAAGUGUUUGAGGGUGACAUCCAGCAGCUGUUGUUCGUGUCGGACCACCGGGCAGCUUACGAUUACUGCGAGCACUAUAGCCCCGACUGUGACACUGCCGUCCCCGACACCCCCCAGUCUCAGGACCCCAACCCAGAUGAAUAUUACCCGGAAGGCGAGGGGGAAGGCGAGACCUAUUACUACGAGUACCCCUACUACGAGGACACGGACGACCCAAGCAAGGAGCCCGCACCCACCAAGAAGCCUGUGGAAGCUGCUAGAGAGACCACGGAGGUGGCCGAGGAGCUGACGCCGCCGCCCACGGCAGCCCCUCCGGUGCCCAACACUGGCGAGGGGGCCGGGAAGGAGGAGGACCUUGGCAUAGGGGACUAUGACUACGUGCCCAGCGAGGACUACUACACGCCGCCCCCUUACGAGGACCUCAGCUAUAUCGAGGGCAUCGAGGACCCCGACCAGCUCCCCGACCAUGACGCAGGGCCCGGGGUGCCCACCAGCACGGCGGGGACCUCCAACGCCUCCAACCCGGCUCCGCCUCCGGGGGAGGGGAAGGAUGACCUGGAGGGGGAGUUCACCGAAGAGACCAUCAAGAACCUGGAUGAGAACUACUACGACCCUUACUACGACCCCACCGUCUCCCCAUCGGAGAUCGGGCCGGGCAUGCCGGCCAACCAGGACACCAUCUUCGAAGGGAUUGAUGGACCACGGGGCGAGAAAGGUCAAAAAGGAGAACCCGCCAUCAUUGAACCAGGCAUGCUGUUGGAGGGGCCACCCGGCCCUGAAGGCCCCGCAGGUCUUCCAGGACCUCCAGGAACGAUGGGUCCCACUGGCCAAGUGGGUGACCCCGGAGAAAGGGGUCCCCCUGGACGCCCAGGUCUUCCUGGGGCCGAUGGGCUGCCUGGCCCCCCUGGAACCAUGCUCAUGCUGCCUUUCCGGUUUGGAGGGGGUGGUGAUGCCGGAUCCAAAGGCCCCAUGGUCUCAGCCCAGGAGUCCCAAGCUCAAGCCAUUCUGCAGCAGGCCCGGUUGGCGUUGAGGGGACCAGCUGGCCCAAUGGGUCUUACUGGGAGACCCGGCCCUGUGGGCCCUCCCGGGAACGGAGGUUUGAAGGGCGAUCCGGGAGACAUGGGCCCUCAGGGUCCCCGAGGUGUGCAGGGCCCGCCCGGCCCCACAGGAAAGCCUGGGAGAAGGGGGCGGGCUGGCAGUGACGGAGCAAGAGGGAUGCCUGGACAGACUGGCCCCAAGGGUGACCGCGGUUUCGAUGGCCUGGCUGGGCUGCCGGGAGAGAAGGGCCACAGGGGUGACCCUGGUCCUUCUGGCCCGCCGGGACCUCCGGGAGACGACGGAGACAGGGGUGACGACGGAGAAGUUGGGCCCAGAGGGCUGCCUGGGGAACCUGGGCCACGUGGUCUGCUGGGGCCAAAGGGUCCCCCGGGCCCGCCUGGACCUCCCGGCGUGACGGGUAUGGACGGCCAAACAGGCCCAAAAGGAAGCAUCGGUCCCCAGGGAGAGCCCGGCCCCCCAGGACAACAGGGCAAUCCAGGAGCCCAGGGUCUUCCAGGGCCCCAGGGUGCAAUCGGUCCUCCAGGAGAAAAGGGUCCCCUGGGUAAGCCAGGCCUCCCAGGAAUGCCCGGCGCUGAUGGACCCCCAGGGCACCCUGGCAAAGAAGGCCCUCCGGGAGAGAAGGGAGGCCAGGGUCCACCUGGUCCCCAGGGCCCGAUCGGCUACCCUGGACCUCGAGGAGUCAAGGGGGCAGAUGGCAUCCGUGGUCUGAAGGGUACCAAGGGCGAGAAGGGGGAAGACGGCUUUCCCGGGUUUAAAGGAGACAUGGGCAUCAAAGGCGAUCGGGGUGAGAUUGGCCCACCUGGUCCCAGAGGGGAAGAUGGCCCCGAAGGCCCGAAAGGUCGCGGAGGUCCGAACGGUGACCCAGGUCCUCUGGGACCCUCAGGGGAGAAGGGAAAACUCGGCGUCCCAGGGCUGCCGGGCUACCCAGGAAGACAAGGGCCAAAGGGCUCGAGUGGAUAUCCUGGAUUUCCUGGUGCCAACGGAGAGAAAGGCGGCAGGGGCACACCUGGGAAGCCGGGACCACGGGGACAGCGCGGCCCGACGGGUCCACGGGGCGAAAGAGGCCCCCGGGGCAUCACCGGGAAGUCGGGCCCCAAGGGCAACUCUGGAGGUGAUGGCCCGGCCGGCCCGCCAGGUGAACGGGGACCCAAUGGACCCCAAGGACCCACGGGCUUUCCUGGACCAAAGGGCCCCCCUGGCCCCCCAGGCAAGGAUGGGCUUCCAGGACACCCUGGUCAGAGAGGCGAGACCGGAUUCCAAGGCAAGACCGGCCCCCCAGGUCCUCCAGGCGUGGUCGGCCCGCAGGGCCCCACAGGAGAAACUGGUCCAAUGGGUGAGCGUGGCCACCCUGGGCCCCCGGGCCCCCCAGGUGAACAGGGGCUCCCGGGCCUUGCUGGGAAAGAAGGGACGAAGGGUGACCCAGGCCCCGCCGGCCUCCCUGGGAAAGACGGCCCUCCAGGAUUACGCGGCUUUCCUGGGGACCGAGGGCUCCCUGGUCCAGUGGGAGCGCUUGGACUGAAAGGCAGCGAAGGCCCUCCAGGCCCACCCGGCCCCGCGGGAUCUCCGGGGGAGAGAGGUCCGGCCGGUGCCGCUGGGCCCAUCGGAAUUCCAGGGAGACCUGGGCCUCAGGGACCUCCAGGGCCGGCGGGAGAGAAGGGAGCUCCUGGUCUGCCGGGACCUCCAGGAGAGAAGGGCGAGACGGGGGACGUGGGUCAGAUGGGCCCUCCAGGUCCCCCUGGCCCCCGAGGACCCUCUGGAGCUCCAGGUGCCGAUGGGCCACAAGGUCCCCCAGGUGGAAUAGGCAACCCUGGUGCAGUGGGAGAGAAGGGUGAGCCUGGUGAAGCUGGAGAACCUGGCCUUCCUGGAGAAGGGGGCCCCCUGGGCGAGAAAGGGCCACAAGGCCCAGCUGGUCGAGACGGUCUCCAGGGUCCUGUGGGGCUCCCCGGCCCGGCUGGCCCUGUGGGCCCCCCUGGAGAAGAUGGAGAUAAGGGAGAGAUCGGGGAGCCGGGACAGAAGGGGAGCAAGGGGGACAAAGGAGAACAGCCCAGUCCUGCCACACCUUCACGGAGCAGACUCCGACUCCUAAAUCCUGUGUUCUCUCUCUGGCACCAGGGAUCGCCGGGCCCCACUGGUGAACCAGGUCCGUCUGGACCUCCAGGAAAAAGGGGUCCCCCCGGGCCCGCAGGCCCUGAAGGCAGACAAGGAGAGAAAGGAGCCAAGGGACCCAAAGGAGAAAGGGGAGAGAAGGGCGAAGCCGGCCCCUCUGGUGCUGCAGGACCCCCUGGACCCAAAGGGCCUCCCGGAGAUGACGGUCCCAAAGGCAGCCCUGGUGAACAAGGUCUCCCGGGAUCCCCAGGCCCCGAUGGCCCCCCCGGCCCCAUGGGUCCCCCAGGACUCCCCGGCCUCAAAGGAGAUUCUGGCCCCAAAGGGGAAAAGGGUCAUCCAGGUCUGAUCGGCCUCAUUGGCCCUCCGGGUGAACAGGGUGAAAAGGGUGACCGCGGACUCCCCGGGCCCCAGGGCUCCUCCGGCCCUAAGGGAGAACAGGGCAUCACUGGUCCUUCCGGCCCGCUCGGCCCCCCGGGCCCCCCCGGCUUGCCGGGUCCUCCUGGUCCGAAAGGUGCUAAGGGCUCCUCGGGUCCAACUGGCCCGAAGGGUGAGGCAGGCCAUCCCGGACUCCCCGGCCCACCGGGCCCCCCAGGCGAGGUCAUCCAGCCCCUGCCCAUCCAAGCGUCCAGGACGAGGAGGAACAUCGACGCCAGCCAGCUGCUGGACGACGGGGACGGCGAGAACUACAUGGACUACGCGGACGGCAUGGAGGAGAUCUUCGGCUCGCUCAACUCCCUGAAGCUGGAGAUCGAGCAGAUGAAGCGACCGCUGGGCACGCAGGAGAACCCUGCGCGCACCUGCAAGGACCUGCAGCUGUGCCACCCCGACUUCCCGGAUGGCGAAUACUGGGUGGAUCCAAACCAAGGCUGCUCCAAGGACUCUUUCAAAGUUUACUGCAACUUCACAGCCGGAGGGGCCACGUGCGUCUUCCCCGACAAGAAAUCUGAGGGGAGUAAAAUGGCCCGCUGGCCCAAAGAGCAGCCUUCUACCUGGUAUAGUCAGUACAAGCGAGGGUCCCUGCUCUCCUACGUGGACGCCGAGGGCAACCCCGUGGGCGUGGUCCAGAUGACCUUCCUGCGUCUGCUGAGCGCCUCUGCCAACCAGAACAUCACCUACAACUGCUACCAGUCGGUCGCCUGGCAGGACGCCGCCACGGGCAGCUACGACAAGGCCAUGCGCUUCCUGGGCUCUAAUGAUGAGGAGAUGUCCUAUGACAACAGCCCCUACAUCCGCGCCCUGGUGGACGGCUGUGCCACGAGGAAAGGCUAUCAGAAGACGGUGCUGGAGAUCGACACGCCCAGGGUGGAGCAGGUGCCCAUCGUGGACAUCAUGUUCAACGACUUCGGGGAAGCCGCACAGAAAUUCGGAUUUGAAGUGGGGCCGGCUUGUUUCCUGGGCUAGGAGCCCGGCCCCACGACCAACCUCGUGACCUCAGCGUGCCGCCUGUGGGUGUCCUGGACAGUGAAGGCCCCUCUCCCCUCCCCCACCUCGUCUGCGCCUCAGCACCCCGCCGGGCCGCACCCCAAACCAGAGAGAGCAAAGGGAAAGAGCCACCCCCCACCCUGGAGCCGAAUCACAUGACCUAGAUGCCCCACGGCCGCGGGGCCCAGCGUCCCAGCGACACCACGCUCCACGGGGGUGGGGACAGGGGCCACGCUUCAUGCUGCUGAGCUGGCCAAUGGCGUUCAUGGAGGGUCCGCGGGGCUGCGGGGGUGGGGCUGCAGUAUCUGGAGAUCACUCCUUUUUAAAAAUUCCACUUGAAGAUGUGUAUUCCCCCGACCUUCAAAAAAUGUUCCGAGGCGAGCCGCACAAAGGUCGCCCCUGCCCGCCAGAGCCUCCGAUCCCAACAACACGAUCCGAUCGCAGGCCAAAUGUCAUCCUUCCUGGGCCUUCCCGGUGGAUCAAAGGUGCUUUUGUUUUUGUGAGUUUUAAGUAAAUAUUUGUAUUGUGUUGUCAUGAAUGUUCAGUGUCCCUGACUUUCAAUCACGCAUGGAAACCCAGCUCAGUCCCCUGGGACCAGGAGCAGGUGUCCCCUCUGGAUGAAAUCUGAUUCGCCGAGACAUGGGAGGCCCCGCCCCACCCUGGACAAGAACAUGCCCUAAAUUGGAAAUUCACCCAGAGCAGCGAGGAUUCAUGCCACCAUAUAAACACCAGGUGCCAGUACCCUUCCCUGGCAAGUUUUUAUUAGCUCUGGAUUUUUUUUUAAUGGGGAAGAAGAAAAGAAUUUUACACUUUACCUUUUCUACAUGCACUCAGAUUAAAAGGCAGGCUUCAAUUAACUUUAAUGGCUUCCUUCUUCCGUUUUUCUUCCUGUAGGCCUGGUGGGAGCAUGGCCAGGGCAGGAAACCACGUUUUCUAUAGAUGAUAACAAAGUGAAAAUUGGUGCUUAUUUUUACACUUCUUUUUUGUGGUGCUAUCUGUUCUGAGACCUUGAAGGCGACACUGUGGGGGUCCCUGGCCGUGCCUCACUCCCACCUUCCUCCACAAUCCGGGUUUUUGCCAAGGACGUUAAGAUACAUGCACGUCACCGUCCUCCCCGCUGGGCCCUCUCUCUCUCGUGCCCCCAGGCUGUGUGCAGCCACUCCAAAUCCUGUGACCAGUAUUAGCUUCUGUGAUUUGAAAAUACACACACAAUCCAAGAUGCUUCCGCGUGGCCUACGGUGUAAAUUUAGCGGACUGUAUUCGGUUGCCGAAUGUUUGUGGUGCUAAUUUCUGUGUCUGUUCCAAGAACUGCAUCGAAGCUGUUCAGUGGUCCCCUGUGCUCUCCGCUGGGCUGCCCGACGCGGCCUUGGCAGAUGGAGACACGCGCAAGGAACUCUGUGUCUCUCCAGGGCCGCCAGCAGGGCCCCUUUCCCACGUGCGUGAUUUGAAAUGCCAUCUGCCUCAUCCUGGGUGCAGGCCUGGGGCUCGGGGCUGGCAAGGCUCAGCCCGGGUGCAGCUCCCUCUCCUGGGAUGCGGGGCUGCCUCCUGUGGGUGAGGACCCGAGGGCCGGCGAGGAAAAGCAUCCCUUUACUGUGAAAAGCUGCCCUCGUGCAAUGCCCUUUCUUUCCGCAAUGGGAGAAGCCAGCUGGGUCCUACGGCCUGGCAGAGCCCCCUCAGGAGCUGCUGUCCUCCACCGACCCCGCCCCGCCAGCCGGAACCUGGUUCCCGCUUAGACCACAGCAGAGCCGCCCAGGAGAAACCCAACACCACCCACGAGGACUUCCCGAAUGCCCGUGGAAAUCGAGCCCUGCUCUUGCCAAAGAGAAGUCGAGCUUCGAGGGUCUUUCAAACCCAGGACGAAGCAUGCGCAAUGACUGUCAUGUUCAUCUCUUCAAAAGAAAAGCCAUACCCCAGGAUUGCCGCGGGCACCCUGUGGGUUUCUCUAGGUCAUGUGAUUCCGGUUGAAUUUCUCAUCCCUCCCGAGCCCUCCCUUUAUUCUGUCAUCUUCUUCCUCCAUUGGUCCCUUCAAAGCUGUUGUAAUUUGUACUGAAGUCAAAACGUGUCCCGUUCUCCCCAGACCACCUAGCUGCGGUAUAUUGCAAUAAAAUUACUUCUUAUAUUUGCAGAAAUUAUUUUGGCGUAAUUUUAUUUUUUUCUCCCUAAUCUAUAUAAUUGGACACAUGUUGACGUAAAAAGAAAGAAAACAGUAAACAGAAAACGUCUGGAAAAGAUUCUAGGACAUUUGGCCCUUUAAAAUAUAAUGUCAAAUGGCACAUUGUACAUUUCCUAAAGACCCAAUAGACAUGUUCAUAAGUUUUAACUGUAAUGCCCAGGAAAGGGUGUUUUAAAAUAUUUUAAACCUGUGUAACAGAAGAACAAUUGUAAUAGUUUUUCAAUAAACCGAGUUUACUGUUUCCACUGUAAACACACAUGAUUGGCUGUCUUCUUAAGUGUGACCAGAGCCCUCCCUGCUUCACAGCCGUGUGUGAACCCGGUCACAGGACAGUAGAAAUUCCCAUCCUGGCAACGGUCCCAGAAAGAGGGGGGGCAGAGCCCAGCCAUCACCCUCAAAGCUGUUCCCCGCCACCAUUAGGGCGUGGCCAGGCGCCAGCUCGAGGCUUCCUGGGCAGUUUCCAUACUCCUUGGGCAUCCAGACCUUGACUGCGUGUGGGCCUCAUCCUCACCCUGGGCAGCCGGGGCCACUGCACCCUGCUGUCCAAACAGAACACUACUUCAGGGCCCCUUGGGCGAGGCGUGCGGCCCGCCCUGUCAGUGACCCUG